AUGAAGGAGAUCGCGCUUACUGAGCCCCUCGUUGAUACCGUGGAGAUGAAGGCACUUGUCACCGACCCAUGCCCAAUCAUCACUUUUGAUCUCAACACUGUCACCGUUGCCGACCUCGCCUUCAAGGUCCCCUACAACCUCACUGCCAAGCGCAGCGAUUUCAUCCAUGCCAUGAUCGCUUGGUUCGAUAUCGACUUCAGCGCUUGCCACAAGCCCAUCCACUUCUCUACCGGCCCCCACGCCAAGUACACUCACUGGAAGCAGACCGUCUUCUACCUUCGUGAUGUUCUCACAAUUGAGGAGGAUGAGCAGGUUUCCGGCUGGCUGGAGAACCGCCCUAAUGACAAGAACAAGCGCGAUUUGGACAUCAACCUGUCUUACAAGUUUGAGAUUAACGACCCCACUCGCUUUGCCGAGGGCAGCUGCUUCUACCGCAUGUAUGUUUUCCUGAACAUCCCUUAA